UGUUUGUUAAAGGCCGAAAGGGAAUUAGUUUUAAGGCCCAACAAGGGGAAGAGAAGAGGAAAGAAUGGUUCAGAUAAUGGCCACUGGAGGCCCAAUCUAGUAGAAGCCCUUUAUUUAUUACUCUUUGAAGUUUGAACUUUGGGAAGAGGUCGGCCCAGAAAUAAUCUCCUUAUUUUCCCAAGGCCCACUGGACAUGGCCUCUUGAAUUUCAUCUGACAUAGCGUUAACGUGUCGGACAAAGCACAAACGACAAGCAAGUACAUGGGAUCAACUACCAUUCAACCGUUAAAACUACCAGUCCCCUCAACCCAUAUUCUCCGCCUCAAUUCAUUUCCAAGUAUAGAAACCCAAUUAAAAGAGGAAAAGAAAAAUGAAAGAAUUUUUACCCAGACAGGGGAAAAAAAAAAGUAGAGAGAAUCGGAGUGGACAAAAAUCAAGAAGAUCCAUUCAUUUUUGGUCUAGAUUAAGCCUGCACAGCUCCAAUGCAAUUACAGUCGCACUGAAAUUGAGUGCUACUUUGAUCCCCCAAUGCUCAAGGGCAAGCUUAAGAUCCCUGACAAGCCCCGCAAGGUCUUCCCCGACAGGCUCGGAAGCUUAGUCGCUGGUUUCGAUCUCAAGGAACCUGAGAAUGGCUGGUAUUCAGUCCUGGAACCGGGUGAAGAGCUCAAGGCAUUCGAGCCCAAUGGCCUCGGCUCCGUGGAGCCAGUGACGGCCUGCGAUUUCGAUGAUGAGAAACCGAGGGGCGUGGAUUUGGAUUUUAGGAGCCUUCUCGUAAGGCCCGCUAAGGAUGGGCAUGGCUCCGUCUCUGCAAUGGAGGUCAUAGCGGCUGAUGAGAAGAGGUCCGAUCUUGAGCAUGAGCUAUCCCAGCAAGAAAUAAAUUUGGAGAAACUGCAGAGAAUUGCCAAUAAAGGGCUUCCUGAUGGAGGAGGUUUGCGUGCGACGACUUGGAAGCUGCUGCUGGGCUACCUUCCCCCAAGUCGUGAUUUGUGGGAGAAAGACUUAACUGAGAACCGAUCCAAGUAUGCCAAGCUGAAAGAAGAGCUCCUCUCAAGUCCUUCGGACUUUGCACAGAGUCGAGGCGAAAAUACAACUCCUGCUGAGGAAGUCGAGACUGAUACUACUGAUGGGCCACUUCAACGGCGCAAAAUUUCUCCAGAAGAUCACCCUCUCAGUGUCGGCAAAGCCAGUGCUUGGAGUCAGUUUUUCCAGUACGCAGAGAUUGUGGAACAGAUAGACCGGGAUUUGCAGCGAACACACCCAGACAUGAAAUUCUUUUCAGGAGAGACCGAAAACAGUCGAAAACACCGGGAAGCAAUGAGAAACAUACUUAUCCUCUUCGCCAAGCUCAAUCCUGCCAUUCGAUAUGUUCAAGGCAUGAACGAGGUCCUGGCACCGAUAUACUACGUAUUUAGCACUGAUCCAAAUGAGCAAAAUGCUGCAAAUGCAGAGGCAGAUAGCUUCUCAUGCUUUGUUAGGCUGUUGAGCGACUCGGUGGACCAUUUUUGCCAACAGCUGGACAACAGUGCAGGCGGAAUUCUUUCCACCCUUUCGCGCUUGUCGGAGCUCUUGAAAGAAAAUGAUGAGGAACUGUGGCGGCAUCUCGAGUACACCACGAAGGUUCAGCCCCAAUUCUAUGCGUUUAGAUGGAUCACACUGCUGCUAACUCAAGAAUUCAGCUUCCAGUCCAUCUUGAGAAUAUGGGAUUCACUUCUAAGCAACCCUUUCGGAGUUCAGGACAUGCUUUUACGAGUCUGCUGUGCGAUGCUGCUGUGCCUGAAGGGACGGCUACUGAGCGGCGAUUUUAUAGCCAACCUGAAGCUUUUACAGCACUACCCCACAGACAUCAAUCUCGACCACCUCCUCAAUGUAGCCACUGAACUGAGUCCCGACACGUCUUCCUUCCGCUUGUCCCUGUAAAUCUACAUGUAACUUUAAGCAUUCGAGUUUUUCUGUUCUUCAUUUCUUGUAAAGUGCUUGUCCUUCUGGCUUUACCGGAUCUGCAAGGGCGAACAGAACGGAGAUUUCCAGCUUCUCCUCUCGACGUAAUCUAACUGAAACCUUUUGCCUAGUGUAAA